AAGAAAAGGAUAAAUCAAAGAUAAAUGUACUCCUGGUACGUACUCAAGGGUCAAGAAUUGGUCUCUCGCACAAAGCAGGAGGCUAGCAAAGGAAGAAUAGUCCAAGAUCGAAGAAACAUGGGUCAGGCCGUCGACCUAGAACAAGCGGCCUACCAUGCCAUCCCCGCCGACGAAGCACCGGUGCUGGGCCACGCUCCGCCGGCAUCUGCUGAAGGCAAGAGCGAAGGCGAAGGACGCGCGCUCCUCAUCGCGUUUGUAGCGUUGUUUGUACUCACGAUGCUCACGCUUGGGCCCUUCGACUACCUCAAGUCCGCCAACAUCCCGUCUUUCUCGGUGGGCCUCGCCGGCUUCGACGGGAUCGACCCGGCCCGGCCCGGCCCCGUGGUCUCGCCGGCGUUCAACCUCACGCUCCGGAUGAACAAGACCUGCGUCGACUCGCGGAGUUGACCGUGUCGUACUCCGGCGUGGCGCUCGGCUGGGGCCACGUGGAGCCGGGAGACUGCACCUCGAGGCAGCCCUGGGGGAAAGCCGUGGAGAUCGAGGCCCGGGCCGACGGGGUCGGGCUCUCGACGCCGCUCCGGCAGCGCCUGGCGUCGGAGUGGCGUUCAGGCCCGGUGCAGCUCGACGUCCACGUGAUGGUCUACAACGACAACCCCCGUGGCGUCUCUGCCCACGAGACGGUGAUGACCGACGGGCUGCAGGCGGAGUCAUUGCCUUGCACGUGGUAUUGUUUACGGCCUUACCAUUAUGGUAUGCUAACCUAGAAGGCUAGAACCUCUAGCCCAUCUUGGAUCCUCGGAUUUCCGGGUGAGGUGUUGAGAAAUAAAUUUCUAGAUUUUAUGUGAUAGUCGUCAGGAACGAGCUUGUAUGAUUCCUAAGAAAGUUCUAUGCAAUGAUUUCAAGGAUUUAG